GAUCAUCUGAGGACAUUGUUUCUGAUCCAUCCACUUGUUCAAAAUCCACAGAUGAUGAAGGUUUUCAACAUACAGAAGGUGGGAGACAAAGCAUGCAAUCGGCAAGAGGGAAUGAAAGAGGGAAGUUGGAGAAAGUCACAGUUGCUGACCAUAUACAGCUUGUUGGAGAUAUUACUUCACUUCUCAAGGAUGCAGAAAACAUAAGCCGUAAAACACAUUCGGAUGUAGCACAGAGAAAAUCUACAUUGAUCUCCUCAAAUGACUCUGACGCCGCCUGCACUCCAUUUUCUAAACAAUUUAUGCAUUUGAAAGAACAGGCUUUAGGUGAUUCCAAAGGACAUAAGCAGAAAGAAACAAUUUUUUUAAGAAAGAUCCUUAAAAGUGACUUGGACGCUCUGAUGGAUGAAUAUGAUAGCCAGACAGAUACAUAUGGCAUGCCGUCUUUUCCAGGGUCAGAGUGUAAAGUCAGCUGCGAAGGCAUGGUCCUAAUUGCAUCUUUAGUUUGCUCAUGCAUAAGAAGUGUAAAGCAACCACAGCUGAGGAGGGCUGGUCUUAUUUUACUAAAGACUUCUUCCUCAUACAUUGAUGAUGAAGAUCGUUUGCAACAUGUACUUCCAUAUGUUAUUGUGAUGCUCUCUGAUCCAGCUGCAAUUGUGCGUUGUGCUGCUCUUGAAACAUUGUGUGACAUUUUGCCUUCAGUCCAAGACUUUCCUCCGAGUGAUGCAAUGAUAUUUCCCGAGUAUAUUCUUCCAAUGCUUUCCAUGCUUCCUGAUGAUCCAGAAGAAAGUGUUAGGAUAUGUUAUGCAAGUAACAUUUCUAAGAUUGCAAUGACUGCUUAUAGAUUCUUGAUUCGCUCCGAGCACAUAUCUGAUGGAGUACCUCUUGAUAGAUCUGGUCUAGUUCAAAAAUCGCAAUCCCUUCCUAUGGAAUCACCAAGAAAGAAGCAAGGCCAUAAAGUUGAUGGUCAGCUUGUGCAGUUGAGAAAAUCCAUAGCUGAAAUUGUGCAGGAAUUGGUAAUGGGUGCAAAGCAAACUCCAAAUAUCCGUAGAGCUCUCCUGCAAGAUAUUGGUCGUCUUUGUUAUUUCUUUGGGCAGAGGCAUAGUAAUGACUUGUUGUUGCCCAUCCUACCAGCAUUUCUUAAUGAUCGAGAUGAGCAACUUCGAGCAGUUUUUUACGGGCAGAUAAUUUUUGUCUGCUUUUUUGUCGGUCAAAUAAGUGUUGAGGAAUACCUUUUGCCCUAUAUCGAACAGGCGUUGAGCGAUGAAAUGGAGGCUGUAAUUGUGAAUGCUUUAGAAUGCUUAUCCAUGUUGUGCAAGAGUGGUUUUCUACAGAAAAGGAUGCUUCGUGGGCUGAUUGAGAAAGCUUUUCCUUUGUUAUGUUAUCCAAUCCAAUGGGUUAGAAGGUCAGCUGUCACUUUUAUUGCUGCCAGCAGCGAGAGCUUAGGACCAGUAGAUUCCUAUGUUUAUCUUUUUCCAGUUUUGCGCUCUUUCUUCCACAGAGAGCCAACUUCUUUAUCUUCUGAGACAUCCCUCCUUUCAUGUCUGAAGCCUCCAGUCAGUAAGACGGUAUACUAUCAAGUUGUGGAGAAUGCAAGGAGUCCUUACAUGUUGGAAAGACAAAGAAAAAUAUGGUAUUGCAGAUCCUCCAAUUCAAACCAGUGGGAAACUGUUGAACAUACUAGGAAGGUAGCAGGUGAUGUAAAAUCUAUUAAGAGUCCUGUCAAAAGAGAAUCCAAUGCACAAAGUGGCAAAUAUGUCAAUAGUAUUACACAGAAUUCGCCUCUACCUAUCAUUGAAGAUGUUGCCAUAAGAACAGGGACUCCCUUCCAAAGUACCUCUGGUUCAGUGGACAUAAGAGACUCUCUUUCAUCUGAAAAAUUGCAAUUCUCUGGCUUCAUCUCCGCGCAAAUCACAGCAAGAAAUAAUUAUCUUUGUGAUGGGCCUGGUGAAGGCAUACCCUUGUAUUCUGUUUGUGUGGAUAAGCGCACAGCUGGAGUGUCUGUAGGUUCUGAAUCUUCAAUGAACUGGAAUCCUAAAGGGGUUGCUGCUUCAUGCAUGCCUUGGCUGGAGCCUGUUAACAAGCAGUUUGGCUUAUCAAGUUCAGUUCCUCCUAAACUUGUUUCAAGCUCUUUUUUUAACAUCAGCAACAAUGUCAAGCAAGUCCAAAAGCCAGCACAAGAUCCAGAAGCCAGGGACUCUGAGCAAUCUGCUUAUGUGACCAGCAAGUUCCAGGAUAUUACUGUUUGUGACACUCUAAAGGGAAGCUCGUCUAUGGCUGGAGAUGAUGCCUCACAGUCUGAUUUAGGUGGGUUGUCUGCCUUAGCAAGAGCAUCUUCAAUUCCUGACACAGAAUGGAAGCCUCGUGGAGUUCUUGUUGCACACCUCCAGGAGCACCGUUCUGCUGUGAAUGAUAUAGCCAUUUCAAAUGACCACACCUUUUUCAUAAGUGCAUCAGAUGAUUCCACUGUUAAGAUAUGGGAUACUAGAAAGUUGGAAAAGGACAUCUCUUUUCGAUCUAGGUUAACUUAUUCUCUUGAUGGUAGCCGGGCUUUAUGUGCAACUAUGCUUCGAGGCACUGCACAAGUAGUUCUUGGUGCAAGUGAUGGAAGAGUUCACUUGUUUUCUGUGGAUUAUAUAUCUAGAGGGUUUGGUAAUGUAAUUGAAAGGUACUCGGGUGUUGCUGAUAUCAAGAAGAGAGAAGUUGGUGAAGGCGCGAUUCUUAGCCUUCUAAACUGUUCUAGUGCAGAUAGCUGCAUAAGUCAGACUGUUUUGUUCAGCACCCAGCGUUGUGGGGUCCAUCUUUGGGAUACAAGGAUGAACUCAGAAGCUUGGACAUUCAAAGCUGUUCCUGAUGAGGGAUAUGUCUCAUCUCUCGUAAUGGGUCAAUGUGGGAAUUGGUUUGUGUCGGGUUCUUCAAGGGGUUUUCUGACACUAUGGGAUCUCAGGUUCCUUUUGCCUGUUAACUCCUGGCAGUACCCCACUGUAUGCCCUGUGGAAAAGUUAUGCUUGCUAAUUCCACCAGCCAAUUCCUCGUCUACUGUCACAAGGCCGUUAGUUUAUGUUGCUGCUGGGCAUAAUGAGGUCUCCCUCUGGAAUGCAGAGAAUGGAAGUUGCCAUCAGGUGCUGAGAGUAGCUAGUGGUGAGAAUGAAGCUGAAACAUCCAAUGUUACUCGAGCACUGGCAAGGCCUUCUAGCAAACAAAGUUCAAAACCAGAUGGGAAACGUGGUACCAGUUCCAAAUAUAGGACUGAUGAGUUGAAUGAACCUGCCCCUCGUCUUCAGGGUAUCCGCUCAUUGCUUCCCUUACCUGGAGGAGACCUGUUAACUGGUGGAACAGACUUGAGGAUACGAUACUGGGAUCAUUCUAGUCCUGAUCAUAGUUACUGUGUAUGCGGUCCAUCAACAAAAGGUGUCAGGAAUGAUGAGUACUACGAUAUAAGGUCUAGCUUUGGCAUACAAGUUGUUCAGGAGAUGAACAAGAGGCCUGCUGCAUCCAAGUUGGCCCAGAAGGCACUUCUCUCAAUGGCAGCUACCGAUUCUGCCGGGUGCCACCGCGACUCAGUGCUUUCAUUAGCAUCCGCCAAGUUGAGCCAAAGACUACUGAUAUCCAGUAGCAGAGAUGGUGCAAUCAAGGUCUGGAAAUAAGAACUGGAGAAAAACAAUUAGAUUGUGAAGAUUGCGUUGUACAUAUGUAGAUACAUGAAUAUGGACAAUUAGAUCUAAAGGCAUGUGGAUAACCAUGUGCCCAAAAAGUUGAAAGUUACUCUUCUUUCGUUCAAAGUGAAUUUAGAUAUGUUUUCGCGGAGUUGCAAGUUUUGGCUUAUAAUUUAAUUGGUCAAUUGCUGCAUGUACCUGAGUCUGAUUACAUUAAUCUACAAAGGAGUUAAUACAUCUCUUCGCAGUUGAUGGAGUA